GUCAGCCGUUUGUUCAAUAUUCAAACGUCCGCCCCGUUCCGCGGUUCCAAUAUUCUUUAAGCUUUUGCCGUAAAAUGAACACAAAUACAUAUUCAUAAAUUCUUCUGAAUCUGCGCAAAUUCUAGAUUGUUCUGGUAGAUCCAGUUAACGAAAGCGGAAGCAAUCGCUUCAAGCUUCUUCUUGUUGUGAGAAAUAUUUUGGAUUCCUUUCAUCUUUAUGGCGCAUGGAAGAUCAAAGUUGCUCCUCUUGUUGUGUUGUUUAUCAUACACUUUAUCAAUUGUCAUUGCUGCGAAGAGUUACUAUGAUAUUUUGCAAGUUCCAAAAGGUGCUUCUGAUGAACAGAUCAAACGCGCUUAUCGGAAGCUUGCGUUGAAGUAUCACCCUGAUAAGAAUCAGGGAAAUGAAGAGGCUAAUAAGAAAUUUGCUGAAAUCAGUAAUGCUUAUGAAGUGAUAUCGGACAGUGAAAAGAGGAAUAUAUAUGAUCGGUAUGGGGAAGAGGGUCUUAAGCAACAUGCUGCUAGCGGAGGCAGAGGUGGUGGAAUGAACGUGCAAGACAUAUUUAGCCAGUUUUUCGGUGGGGGCUCAAUGGAGGAGGAGGAAGAGAAGAUUGUGAAAGGUGAUGAUGUAAUUGUUGAUUUGGAUGCAUCAUUGGAAGACUUAUACAUGGGGGGCUCCUUGAAGGUUUGGAGGGAGAAAAACAUUUUAAAGCCGGCCCCUGGUAAGAGGCAGUGCAACUGCCGAAAUGAGGUUUAUCAUCGACAAAUCGGUCCAGGAAUGUUUCAGCAGAUGACUGAACAGGUCUGUGACAAAUGCCCCAACGUGAAGUUUGAAAGGGAGGGGUACCACGUUACUGUGGAUAUUGAGAAAGGAAUGCAAGAUGGUCAGGAAGUGGUCUUUUAUGAGGAUGGUGAGCCUAAGAUAGAUGGUGAACCUGGAGACCUGAAGUUCCGCAUCCGCACAGCUCCUCAUGAGCGGUUCACAAGAGAAGGAAACGACCUUCGCACCACUGUUACUAUAACUCUGGUGCAAGCUCUGGUUGGUUUUGAGAAGACCAUUAAACAUCUCGAUGAUCAUCAGGUGGAUAUUAGUUCAAAGGGAAUCACUAAACCUAAGGAAGUGAGGAAGCUUAAAGGUGAAGGGAUGCCACUACAUUAUAGUAACAAGAAGGGUGACUUAUAUGUUAAAUUUGAGGUUCUUUUCCCCACGUCAUUGACGGAGGACCAAAAGAAACAGAUCGAGCGAGUUCUUGGUUAGGAUACAGUAUAUUCGGGGAUCUCUUUGGUCCCAAGUAAUGAAUUCUGGGCAAUUGCUUGAAGGUGCAUUGUGCGUCUGACUAGCUAUAGUCCAGGCGUCUGCGUUCUUAUUUUAAGAGCCCUUGUAUCAAAUUCAUAUUUCCUUUUUUCUCUAUUUUUGGGUGGUGGUGCUCAUUUGAGGUAUAGAGUAGAGCUCAUUUUACAUGUAUUGAACAAUGAUUAUAGAGUAGAUGGAAAUAUGUAUAUUAAUAGCCCAGUGAUUCACAUAUAUUUGGAUGACUGAGUAGCCUAUUAGUUGCUGCUCUAUUUCGAA